AUGUCCGCCGCUGAGGAGUCAUCACAGCAAACACUAGGCAAGAGACGCAGCUACAAGGAGGCAUUCGGCAUGGAUCCUAAAGAGCCAACCCCCGAAGAAGAGGCCGCCGCGCGCGAAAAGGAGAGACAGGAGCAAGAAGCUCUCCCCUACAAAUGGACACAGACCAUCGGCGACCUGGACGUCAGCAUCCCGGUGCCGGGCAACAUCAAGGGCCGGGAUGUCGUCGUCGAGCUGAAGCGGAACUACAUUUCCGCGGGUAUCAAGGGGCAGGAGCCGAUUCUUAAGGGCGACCUCCCCCACGCAAUCCGCGUCGACGAGUCUACCUGGACCCUGACCUCCUCUGCCAAGGGCGAUCAAAAAUUCAUCGAGAUCCAUCUCGACAAAGUCAACAAGAUGGAGUGGUGGGCGCACGUGGUGACGGAAGCUCCAAAAAUCGACGUGACUAAGAUCGUGCCCGAGACAAGCAAGCUGUCUGACCUGGACGGCGAGACGCGGUCGAUGGUGGAGAAGAUGAUGUACGACCAGCGGCAGAAGGAGUUGGGGCUGCCGACGAGCGACGAGCAGAAGAAGAUGGAGAUUUUGAAGAAGUUCCAGGAGCAGCACCCUGAGAUGGACUUCAGCAAGGCUAAGAUCAACUGA